GCCUCCCGGAAGCGGCGCGGGCGGCGAUGGCGGCGGAGCAGCGGUAUCCGCGGGGCUCCAUCGAGGAUGACUUCAACUACGGCAACAGCGUGGCCGCGGCCAGCCUCCACAUCCGCAUGGCUUUUCUACGGAAAGUCUACAGCAUUCUUUCCAUUCAAGUUCUAUUGACCACAGUCACAUCUGCAAUUUUUCUGUAUUCUGCAGGAGUGCAGGCAUUUGUUCAUGAAAGGCCUGCCUUGCUUUUGAUAUCUGGAUUUGGAUCUUUGGCUAUAAUUGUGGCACUAACCCUCUACAGACACCAGCACCCUCUUAAUUUAUACCUGCUGUUUGGAUUUACGCUGCUGGAAGCACUGACAGUUGCCACUACAGUUAGUUUCUACGAUGUCUCCAUCAUCUUGCAAGCCUUUAUUCUUACUACUGCUGUAUUUCUUGGGUUGACUGCUUAUACUUUGCAGUCAAAGAGAGACUUCAGCAAGUUUGGAGCAGGACUCUUUGCUUGUUUGUGGAUUUUAAUCCUCUCAGGUUUCUUGAGGCUGUUUUUCUAUAGUGAGACAAUAGAGUUGGUGUUUGCUGCUGCUGGAGCUCUUCUGUUCUGUGGAUUUAUUAUUUAUGACACUCACUUGCUGAUGCACAAAUUGUCCCCUGAAGAGUACAUACUGGCUGCAAUCAACCUCUACUUGGACAUCAUCAAUCUGUUCUUACACCUGCUGCGUUUACUGGAAACAUUUAAUAAAAAAUAGCCAAAAGUGGUGUGGUUUAACUAUAGUGCAAUUUGGAUGAUCUGCACACUCAGUAGUUCUGUCUUCUAGAGACUGAAUCUAUAUUAUUUUUUCAUUCCAUGAAUACUAAUCCCUCCUUGGGGGGGAAAAAAAAGUCUUUUUAUGUAGCUACAGUUCUUUUCUAGAUCAUGUAUUUUAUGCAGUUAACAUGCUGUCAUCAUUACAGUCACUUUUUUAAUCUCUUAAUUUGCACUUGACAUAAUUAAUGAUGAAAAAGUUUGCCAACUUCUUAUUGCUCCAGAGUAAGCUACAGCUGUUCUGUAGCUGCUGGAAAUGUUUCCUUUGGGAUUGAUCAUAAAUGUGUGUAUCACAUAAGGGUAGGCUGAGCUUACCAUUGUGCUAAGCUCAAUAUUACUAAGCUAAAUAUUUUUCUAGUUUUUGGUUUUGUUAUUUGUUUUGUUUAGUUUUUGUUAUCUGUCCCUGACAGAUACUCUGUUCUUGUUAAGGGCUGUCACUAUGGAGCUGUGAGGGUGUUAAGAAUGUUCUUAAUUUUAGUAUUAUUUAUGGCCUAUCUUUCAGUGUCCUGAAAAAUCAUUUGGAGAUAGAUUCUGGGAUUUUAUCAACUUCUGUAUGUUAAGGUUAAUUGUGUCAAUAAAAAUUGGAAAACCUUU